AUCGCUGAACGCUGAGCGCCCGAUUGAUUUUCUGGUGUGGUUUUGUUAAGGUGUUUUAAAUAAAACAUGGGUUGCGAUGGAGGGACUAUUCCUCGUCGAGACGAAUUGGUGAAACUGAAAAAGAAACCAGAACAGAAAGACAAGGAGUCGGAAAGACAAUAUCGCUGGAAACAUUGUGCUUUAACACAGCUAAGCUUGCAAACCCCAAUCGUCAUGUGCGCUUUAGGAAGAUUAUAUUCCAAACAAAGUGUUAUUGAAGCAUUAUUGGAUAGAGAAAAGAUGCCAGAAUCGUGCAGACAUAUCAAAACACUAAAGGAUAUUAAAAACCUUAACCUUACUCCAAACCCAGCCUACGACGAAACAAGAGGUGGCCAAAGUUCCCCGUUUAUCUGUGCAUUGAGUGGGCUAGAAAUGAGUGGACUUUUCCGCUUUAUAGCCCUUUGGACUUGUGGAUGUGUUUUUUCGGAAAGAGCUCUUAAAGCCAUAAAAGACAAAUCUUGUCCAGUCUGCCAGGUAGCGUUCAUCGAUGAUGACAUAAUUAUCCUGAAUGGAUCUGAGGAAGAAGUUGGACAAAUGCAUUCGAAGCUGCAGGCUCGUGAUGCACGUUUGAAAUUGGAAAAGAAAAUUAAGUCAGAGAAAAGAAUGAAAUCAGCGUCAACUUCAACUUUCACUCUGGCUGGAUCAUCAACUUCAAGAGCGACAAGUUCCAGUUCAGAUAACACACAUGCAAAUCUGACUACAAAUAAUGAAGAAAUAUGUAAAACUGUCGCUAUUGGCAGGCCAACUACCUUGAACAAACGAGCACUAAUUAGCGAUAAAAUAGGAGAGGAUCCAGUGUACAAGAAGUCUAAGGAUGAUUACAGCGUUGCCAAAGAUCCUAAGGCAUCCAAAGUGUACAAAUCAUUGUUUACUUCGCACGAGAGUGAAAAAGAUCAAAAACGUGCGCACUGGGUAACGUACAACCCUUUUUACAAUUAAUUUCGGUUCAAAAGGUGUAAUGAUUUUGUCUACUUUUAAAAAAUCUCUCGCGGAUCUGUUAGCGGAAAGCCUAUAGUUGCAAUUUCAUUUCGAUUAAGAUUUGCUUGUACUUGUGUGUUGAGUGUUUUCUUUGGAUUGUAGGCGCAAUUUUUAUAUCUUCGUUAGUGUUGUAUUUUCUGUUACAAGGGUAUUUACGAAAACUCUAAAACUCUAAACUCUAGAAAUAUGAAUUAAUUUCUUCAUAAUAAUUUAACUGCAACUGUUACUCCUGCAGUUGUACGGCACGUGGCCGAUACCUACCUACGCAGCAAUUAGUAUUUAAGAGGGCGCUCGCGGCCGCUCAUCCUCUUUUUAUGUCUCUUCCCGUUUCACCUUUCGAUCUGUUCGAAGAGCACCUCGGCCUCCAGGCAACGGGCCCUUUUAUUUGGCCAACACUUGAUAUGCGAAAUAAACUUUUCAUUUGGUGAAGGCGCUUAGGGCAAUUCCGGCAAUUCUAAAAGCGACUAUAUUGGAUUAUAUGUAACCCUACCACUUAAUUGUAAAGAGAUAAUCUAAAUCUAGAUCUUAUUUCAUCAGUUUAACGAUUCGUAAGUAAAUUCAUUAGAAUAUUCGCAAAAAUAUAAAUUCUCUAUGAUAUUAA